AUGUCUGAGAAGCGGCACACAGGGGAUGCCGAAGCCCGGAGGCUCCCCGACUCCUUCAGGGAUAGCCCUAAUACGGGCCUUGGACCUUGUGGCUGGAUUUUGGUGGCUGUCUCGUUCUUGUUCACAGUUAUAACCUUCCCAAUAUCGGUAUGGAUGUGCAUAAAGAUCAUAAAAGAAUAUGAAAGAGCCAUCAUCUUUAGAUUGGGUCGCAUUUUACAAGGAGGAGCCAAAGGACCUGGUUUAUUUUUUAUUCUGCCGUGCACGGACAGCUUCAUCAAAGUGGACAUGAGAACGAUUUCAUUUGACAUCCCCCCUCAGGAGAUCCUCACUAAGGAUUCCGUGACCAUUAGUGUGGAUGGCGUGGUCUAUUACCGCGUUCAGAACGCAACUCUGGCCGUGGCAAAUAUCACCAACGCCGACUCCGCAACCCGUCUUUUGGCACAAACGACUCUGAGGAACGUUCUGGGCACCAAGAACCUCUCUCAGAUCCUGUCUGACAGGGAAGAAAUUGCACACAACAUGCAGUGUACCCUGGAUGACGCCACGGAUGACUGGGGAAUAAAGGUGGAGCGCGUGGAAAUUAAGGACGUGAAGCUGCCUGUGCAGCUCCAGAGGGCGAUGGCUGCAGAGGCGGAGGCAUCUCGGGAGGCCCGAGCCAAGGUCAUUGCAGCCGAGGGAGAAAUGAAUGCAUCCAGGGCUCUGAAAGAAGCCUCCAUGGUCAUCACUGAGUCUCCCGCGGCCCUUCAGCUGCGGUACCUCCAGACACUGACCACCAUUGCUGCUGAGAAAAACUCCACGAUCGUCUUCCCCCUGCCCAUAGACAUGUUGCAAGGCAUCGUGGGGGCAAAGAAGUGAGCCACAGAGGCCAACGCAGAGACGCGCCCUUCCCUGCCAGGGUAGAGUGGGGACCAAAUCAGCCUUUAACCUGUAAGGAGCAAGUAGGGCGGGACCUUGACUAUUCCUCCUUCCUUUCCUUUUCCGUACGUUGACUGCGAGGUGCUUAGAAUGUGUAGUGAUCCUAGCCACAGAUACAGAUGAGGAUUGUUAGCUUGUAAAUACUGAGAAAGAGAAGGGAUGUGGGG